AUGGCUCCCACCUGGCACACCGACCUCCGCAAGCACGCGUACGCCAAGCACGAAGAGCUGAAGAAGCACCAAGUGCUGCUGGAGGAAGUGCGCGGCGACGCCGGAACAUGCGAUCUGUGCCAGACGGGGCGAAGCGAGCACCAAGGGGCGCUGUGUGAAUGCUGGGCGUGCCGGCACACGUACCACCACACGUGCAUUGACGUGCUGCGGGUGCGGGCGGCGGACCGGGGCGAGCCGCUGGCUUACGGGUGCCCGCACUGCGGCCGGCCGUGGGCGACGCUCGCCAUGCUGGAGCAGCAGGCCGAGGAGGCGGCGCGGCGCCCGGGGCCCGGCGGCUCCCCGCGGCGCGGUCUCCCCUUCUCCGACGGGAUGUAUACCUUUACCUUUAAGGCGGCCACGCGCCAGUACCUCUGUAAGUGGGUGGACCGGGUCACGGGCGGCAUCUGCGGGCAGGGACCCUUCGAUACCUUCGAUGACUUCUAUCGGCAUCAUACCGCGACGCACCUGGAGGUUCUGGACUACCAGUGUGAUCUCUGCGAGCCGGGGCGGGGCUUCGUCUCGGCCAAGUUGCUGGUCCAGCAUAAGAAGAUCGUUCACUUUGGGGAUCCGCGGCGGUGCGACAAGACCGAGCCCGAGCCGCCCUCAGCGGUGGCUGAAGGCGAGGAUGGUGGCUCCGUUCCGUCACUAGCGGAGCAAGUAGAGCUCAUGGACCUCGACGUAGUUGAUAGCAUCGAGGACGAGGCCAUGCACGUGGACGAAUAG